AUGACGUGGCUGAGGAUAUGCAUCCUGACGCUGUUGGCCAGUGCAUGUGUACCGAUUGGGCAGGCAAAGUAUGUCGAAGGUCAUCUCAAAACAUCCGACAACUGGGCGUUCUUGGCGCGAUUCUGCUUCCUAUCUGGCAAGGGAAAGUACGAGUACCUCAUCGAGUACGAGAAGAAGUUGGGCGAGCUGAAGCUGCUCCUAUAUUACGACGACCGAACGCAAUGGCCUGCGGUGUACAAAACGGACAAGACCUGCACGGAAAAGCUGUCCGUUUUGCAUCCAGAAGACAACCAGAUCGUACCGUUAUCCCCACGCACGCCAUAUAAUCUGUAUUCAGGGUGCUUUCUUCGUACUCCGACGGCCAAGGAGUCCCCGAAUGAUCCGCUCCCCAGGGAUGGCGGAAGUCUAACAACACGCCAUCCACCACGAGGAGGUCCUGGUGUGGGAGGUGGGAUUGGUGGGGAUCUCAAACCACCGGAUGAUGACGCCCAGUACUUCGAUCAGUUCCUGAAGACCAGUACAUCUGAGCCGGAAGGGUUCGCCUUCGAAGACACCACUCACGGAAACGGGACGUAUGAACCAAACUACGAAGUUUUGGUGUCCUCCGAAAGCUCCCUCCAGGGGGUUGGCUUCAUCGGUGAUAAUGGUGAGGUGAACCUACUCGAGAACAGCACAGAUUAUCGGUUACUGGUGGAGCAGCUGUUCCCGGAUGCUGAUGGUGAGUCGACCAGGGAGUCGACGAUGGAUGUGCGUGUUGACAAUGGUUCGCGAGUGCGUCGAGGAACACCAACGGCGCGGUUCGAAACUCGGCUCAUUAUCAGCUGCAGCAACUUUGGUAGCUUCACAAGCUCCCGGGAACGCUGGUGGUACAUCGCCAUCGCCAACUGUGACGCCAAUGGCAAGGGUCUGGACGUGAAGUACCGCUUCCGCAUGACGAAUGGACCUCCGGGAGACUUCUGGCACGAGCAUUUCUCGGCGGAUGAGAUGUUCAUUCCACCGAUCCUGCUGGCGGAGUCCAUCGCCUACAGCAUGCUGCUGCUGGCCGUUUUUAUCUGUGCCGUGGAGCUGAAGGCGCGCCAUCUGUACCACUGCACCUACAGGCUGUUCACGUUGAGCGUGCUACUGCAGUGGUUCGGGGUGCUGUUGCUGAGUGUCACCUGGACCAAGUACGCCGUAUCCGGUAUUGGGCCGUUUCCGAACUUUGGCGGCAUCUUCACCAGUGCCAGCGAGAUCUCCUUCCUUCUGCUGCUAUUGCUGAUGGCGAAAGGUUACACCAUCACCCGAGCACGACUGAAGACCUGCUCGACGGUGAAGAUCACCAUAUUCAUCAAUCUGUACGUGGUCGUGUACGUGUCACUCUACAUCUACCAGGCGGAGGCGUUCGAUCCGGGUGAGGUCCUCAAUCUGUACGAGUCCCCAGCCGGGUUUGGAUUGGCAGGAUUGCGAUGUGCUGGCUGGGGUUUCUUCAUGUAUGCGUGUGCAGCAACGAUCCGCAAGUUCGCUGAGAAGACGCCCUUUUACUACCCUUUCGCGAUGCUUGGUUCCCUUUGGAUCCUUAGUGGACCCGUUCUUACAUUGCUCGGGGUUAGUCUCCUCGAUCCGUGGGUUCGCGAGUCCGCUAUGCACGGUGCACUCGGUGCGGUCGCUUUUGCAGGACAUCUGGCGUUCCUGUGGUUGACGUGGCCAUCACGAGCGAAUCGCAGCUUUCCGUACCACGUGCGCACGAACCACGUGGGCAUUUCGCAUGGCGAGGACGAUGAAGUGACGUAUCCAAAGCAUGCGUACGAACCCUCUGUCAUCCUGGCCAACCACAAUCACCAUCACCAACAUCACCAGGCGUAUGGGUCUGAGUCGAAUGGACACGCCAACGGGUUCCUUGUGCCGUUGGCCCGCACCGAUGGUCUCUACGAUCAGUACCUUCGGGAGCGGGACAUCUACCACAGCGGUUCUACGCCGCUUAGCUACGUAUCUUUUCCAGCUCCGGCGCGGCAAAAUGGCGCCGCAAAUGGUGUCGCCAACGGUACCACCCAACAAGAGCACGUACGGAAUGGUGACUCGGUUCAACACCUUCCGCCGGAUGCGACUCCCGAACCUCCAUCGGCACAACACCUUCGCAGCCCGUUAGCCCUCGAGGUGGACGCAGCCGACGUGUCCGGUCAGCCAUCGCUCGAGGUCGCCGAGCAGGUUUCUAGCAACCCACCACUGAGUGGGAAUGGCUCGAUCGCGUCGACCGAUCGGGACCAGGAUCGGGACGAUCGACGACCGUACAAUCCGUUUCUGGCUGCAUCUGGGGACGCCACUCGCAAGCCAAACCGCAUCAUUCUGCCCAGCCUCGAACAUCCGGUGACAGGACCUCCGGAAGCGGAACAAUCCGGAUCCGGUGGAGGAUCCGUUCCGAAGCACCUGUUCGCGGCUAAGCGAGAUCCGUAG